CUUUGAGAAAGUGCAAAUUCCACCUAUUUGCACACCUGAAGAGCGCUGCGGGUUGGUGAUCGAACGAUCCAGGGUCCGGUGGGGGGGGGUUAAGGAGGGAAGAUCAUCGUGGAUGGGUAACCACUGGGCUGGACGAGCGCUCAGUCCGUCAGUCUACUUAUGUACAUACUGCCGUUCCGAGCUAGCCUGGCGCCGCUAGUAUAUACGCCACAUACAACACUAGACAUUUAUCACUUGGCGGCGGCAGCAUGCUUCAGUUGUAUACCGCUGGCGCUAUUAUGCGGGGUAAAGUAUCGACAUCGUUCGGUGCGUUACGAUAUGUCAACCGUGUUCACCUCGAUAUCAGUCCACCACCGUACGAACUGAAUGAGCAAGCGCCUGUAAGAGCAUUUGCCAAGUUAAGGGGAGGGCCGCUGACGGGGACUACCGUGCUAGAAAUCUACCGAACAGUUCAAGGUUUGGUGAGAGGAGAUGAAUGUUUCGUUGGGGGGGCGGCCUGCUACUCCCAGAGUUCAUGCCACUAUUUUGGUUAACUCCGAAUAAU